GAAAUUCAAAAUUUCUAGGUUAUUGUUUUGUUAUUAUUAUUUAAAUUAUUAUUUUAUGGUUUCGGAUAUUUUUAGACUAGGUACCUACUAUGGAAAAACCUGAAAACCAACUACAAAACAUACAAAGAGAGUCCUUAGCAGCUGAUCCUACUGAAGAAAAAUUACCCACAUGGUUGAAGCGUUUUCCUCAUAUAGAUGAAAAGAAUUCAAAUACAUUAUUGUCAGUGGAUCAAGUUUCUUCAGAAAGGGGUUUUCAAGGUGUUAUUCCUGUAGCGGGCAUCAAUACUGAUGAACCUCUGGAUGAACCUAAACUCAGAACAUCCAUUACAAUAGGAAUAAAUUCUCCGAAAAAUAAAUCUCAUAUUCUGAAUGAUGUACAAAGGCACAAAUUAUCUGAUAAAGCUGCUAAACGCAGAGAGCAUAAACUCAAACUGCAAGAGAAAAAUGGAAUGCAUCAUCAGGGUCAUCAAAUCCUAUUGAAUUUCAUUUACACACAAGGUCUGAAGAAGAAUCAAACCCUCAUUGACCUGCUGCAGAUGAAAGCGCAUGUCGAUUCUAUCGAGGGUAGAAACCCGCCUAUGGAGAUAUCAAGAAAAAAUGAAAAGAGGCUGCGAAGACUAAGUACCAUCGAUCUGGAUAGCUCAAAAUUGUCUAAUGGUGCUAAGUCAUUGAGAGACUCUGACUUGAGGGCUCUGGGACUGUGGCCUCUUUGGGCUGAUAUGCAAAAAGCGACUCAGACUGGUCGAAAUAAAAUAAAAGUAGUGCCCAUUGGGGAAACGCUGAUGAAAAAUGCUAGGAAAAGGCAGAGGAGACUGCAAGAAGUGACAAAAGACCCCAAGCCUUCCCAAAUGCAUAGAGCUGCAGUUGAAAAGCACUUACUGGACAAUACUUGGUUGAGUGCAGGCGUGCAAACAGGCUAUGAAGAGCCAGCAAGCACUCUCAGCAUGACAAAUCAGAAUCCGUCCUAUAGUGAAGACAUAGAACAUACACGACAAAUAAACGAAGUCGGAUCUUCAAUCCACAUGGGAUGUACAGAAUUUUGUGAAAGUGCUUCUGGGUCGUUGUAUCACAUCGACAUUGGCAAUAUGGAGAAUACUCAAUUUUCCGAUAGUAGAGGUAUUGAACAGAGUCAGAUGCCGUCUGAUGAUAAAUGUCCUAAUCCAGUAACACCAUGUUCCAUUAAAUUUGAAUUAGUAGGCAUUAGGCUUAUGGAAGAUGCUGCUCGUUGCCUACAAGUCACAAUUAUACCCGAAGGAUAUCCACAUAUGAUUCUCGUUGAGGAACAAGCAGGAAUGAUCAGAAAUGCUUUGCUCGCCAAGCUCGAUUUACUGCCGCCUGGAACAACUGGUCCCAAAUUUUCCGGUAUAGAUCUAAUAGACGGUGCUAUCGUCGUAUUAUGCUCGGAUGCUUACUCCCAAAGGUGGUUGGAGCACGUGGUGGAAGCCUGCUCGCCCAGCCUCGGCCUCAACCUGACAGUGUCGACACCAGCGGUGAGGGCGUCCACGUGGGUGCCGGGGCCCUGCGAAGACCCUGAAGUAAUCCUCAGAAGGCUGUGCACGCAAAACGAGGGACUGUCGACGCGCAACUGGAGGGUCCUAGACAGGAAGGUUAUGGAGGAGGGGCAGGAGCUCACCGUGUUGAUGGAGGAGAGCGAUUGGAGGCGGAUCAAGGAGGUCGAGUAUAUGCCGCACGUCAACUUUUCCAGGAUACUCUUCACUGCUAUGUAGUAGACGGUGUUUUCUUGUUGCACUUGCCAGGGAAGAAUGUUCAGUUCAUUCAGUUUUAACGAGCAAUAGAAGGCUCCUUUGUUUUUUGUUUUUUUUUCGUAACAGAAUGUAUUUUUGAUUUCAAAGACAAUUGUCACAAGACCGGAUCCUCUGGGAUAGAAAAGGACUAGGAAAUUCUGUCACAGUACACGGAGGACAGCACCAUCAAUGGACGUGCUGAAUCUCAUCCUUUGAUGUCCCUUCGAUGCUGAAAUAUUUAGCAGACAAUGAAUGAAACAAAUUGACGCAUCUACCUGGAUUGAAAAAACUAUGAGUCUGUUAAUUGAAAAACUUGUUUAUUCAUUGAAAUAUAUCAUCAAAUGAAUUUCUAUGAUCUAUUAACUCCUGAAAAAUGCCAAAAUCGACAUAUCCAACAAAGCUGCG